AUGCAUCGUGAUAACGGGAACGAGAAUUCCCCACCUUCUGAAUCUCGUUCCACUGUCAUUAAAAUGAUGCAGGAGCAAAUUCAAGACCUUUUAUUUUAUCGAAACGAAUAUGAAAAUAUCGAAAGUAGACUCAAAAUUGCUGAGAAUGCAUUAAUUGUACAAGAAGAACAAUAUAAACUUAAAAUAGACGAACUUACAAGUGAACUCGAGAGCGUUAAAGAGCAAAAUGCCCUCUUAAUCGAUCAAACGAUGAGAUUCAAAGCACAACAAAUCGGUGAGAGUCAAAAAGUUCUAAAAGAUACAGAUGUUAAAAUCAAAAUAUACAAAGAAAAGUAUGAUGAUCUUCUCAAAAAUUCUUCAGUUGAUGCAAUUGCUCGACAAAAAGCUAAAACAGAACAACUUAGACAGAAGAAUAAAGAAGUAGUAGAUAAAUUAUCUGCAGAUCUAAAAAAUGCACAAGCUCAAAUUAAGCAAAACGAAAAUCAACUUGGCGAACUCAAAACAUCCAAUAAAGAUCUUAAAAAUACAAUUAUUCAACUUAAUAAGCAGAUAACCGAAUUGAAAGAUAAAAAUCAAUCCCUUCAAAAAGAUGUUAAUACAUUAUCACUUGAUCAUAAGCGUAAGACUGAUUUAUUGGUUCAACAAAGAUCGAAACUACAAAUUGAUGCUUUGAAGAAGAAACAAAAUGACGCUAAAGCAUCACAAAUUAUGGAUAAAAACAAAAAAGCUUUGAUGUUCAAGGAUGGACAAAUAGCUAAGCUGUCCACUGCAUUAGAAAAUGAAUCAAAACUCAAGAAAAAGCAAGAAUUAAGAAAUGAGAAAUUAAAAAAGUCAACUGCGGAUACAAUUUCAAAAUUACAAACUACAAUUUCGAAUCUGAAAGAAGAAAAUGAAGCACUAAGACAAUCAAAGCAAGAAAGCGAAGAAAGCGAAUCAUCAAUGGAAGUUGAGUUAGUUUUUCUUCGUAAUCAGAAAAAGCAAUUGGAAGAAAAACUUGAUGCUGCUCAAAAACUCCACCAAAAGAAUGUCAAGCUUCAACAAGUUGUCGGUCAACUGAAGAAUGCUGUUGAAAAUCUUGAAACUAGCGCAUCUUCUUAUGAAUCAGAAGCACAAACAAAAGAAUCCGAUCUUCGUGCCAUAAUUCAGAAGCAUUUCGAAGGUGUAGAUGAUACUACUGAAUGGGUAGUUUUAAUUGCUAUGGCAGAUAAAGCACUUGAUGAAACAGAAGCAUUGAAAAUCCAUUGCCAAAAACUAGAGAAGAAAUUGGAGAAAUCCAAACAAAAGAGGAUGAAACUUUCAGAGGAUCUUUAUCAAUCACAAGCAAACUUGAAUGAUGUACAAAGAGAAGUUGAUGAAGUUAAGUCUCAAAUGGCUUUGAGAAUCGCAGGAUCGAAGAGAACAAUUUAUAGUAGCGCAAAUUCUAGGAAUCAAGGAGGAUCAUCAUUAGAUAAUGCCAGCCCAAGAAGCCCUGCUGGUUCAAACAAUGGUGAUUUCAAUUCAGCUCUUGCUGUAAUGAAUCCUGCUGUGUCAAGUGCCGAAGCUCAUGCAAUGAUGAUGGAUUUGAGCGAAAUAAAUUCUUUCAGAGGCGUAAUUUCACAAAAAAUCGAUGUUUCAAACUUCAAAGCUAGAAAUGCAAUCUUGCAAGCUAAUGCAAAACUGAAUGGACAAGAAUGGUACCCUGUUAAUGCUAGAACAAUUACAUUAGUAUCAGUUUUUGCUAUAAGAUUCCUUCAUUUCAAGAGAAUAGCUCAAUUCAAUCCAAGUACAAUCCUUUCAUUUGUUACUCCUUGUGGAAGGAAAUAUACUUCAAUUGAAGAAACUCUUCUUCAAAAUGUUAACAAAGUUAUGGAAGAUAAUAACAGCAUGCAUGGCAAAGAAGAAGAAUCUGCCGAAUUUAUUAACAACUCAGCUGAACAGAUAACAACUCUUAAAUCACAAGUUGAUCAAUAUGAAUCUCAAAUCAAAGAUGAAAGAAGGCAAAAAGAAGAGCUCCAGAAGUCUUUAGACAAAUUAAAGGCAGAAUUAUCAAAGAAAGUCGACUCUGCACUUUACGAAGAAACUCAGAAACAGCUAAGAGAAACAACACAGCAUGAAAAAGAUCUCUCGGAAGAAUUAACAAGUGUCAAAGGAGAAUUGCAAAGAUUACUUGAUGCUGUGAAAAUUAAUAAAACUAAUGAAACAAAUAUAACAGCACAAUUAGAUGAAUCUUUGCGAGUAAAUGAAGAACUUAAAGGACAAAUAGAGAAACUACAACAAGAGCUACAAGUUCUUUAUGUAGCUAAUAAAGAGAAAUCAAGAGAUAUCCUAGCUUUGGAAAGGAAGAAUAACAGUAAAAUUUCAAAGAUUUCUCUUGAAUUACCUGAUGUUUCAUCUUCUCAAACUGGAGAAGAAUUACAAAAGCCAACAAAGAGAAGAUCAAAGAGUGUCUCGUUCACAGCUCAAAAACAACAGCAAAACCCAUCAUUCUUCUUAAAUGAGAAUAUCAGGGAUGGAUUGGCACAAAUGCAAAAUGCAAUUCUCAAGCAUGACUGA